AUGGAAGAACUAACCAAGGAUCACAGGCAGGGAGUGAACUUCACACCUCCAUUGCCAUAUCCCCAAAGGUUCAACAAGGAGACGAAGGACCAACACUUCCCCAAAUUCCUUGAAAUCUUCAAGAAAUUGGAGAUUAAUAUCCCACUGGCUGAGGUAUUAGAGCAGAUGCCUCUAUAUGCGAAAUUUUUGAAGGAGCUUAUCAAUAAAAAGAGAAGUUGGCUUGAGAAGGAGACUAUACUACUCACUGAAGAAUGCAGAGCAUUAAUCCAGAAAGGGCUUCCCCCUAAACUUGAAGACCCUGGAAGCUUUUUCCUGCCUUGUACUAUUGGCAAUAUAAUCAUCAACAAGGCAAUGUGUGAUUUAGGAGCAAGCAUCAACCUAAUACCCUCUUCUCUAGUGAAAAAGUUGUGCAUAGAGGAAGUGAAACCAAUACAAAUAUCUCUAGAAUUGGUGGACAAGUCAGUGAUAUGUCCUAGAGGUGUGAUUGAGAAUCUCCUAGUAAAGGUGGACAAGUUCAUAUUCCCUGCAGACUUUAUGGUCUUAGACUCAUAUGAGGAUGAAGGUGAUUCCAUUAUACUUGGAAGACCAUUCUUGGCCACAGCUAGGGUCAUUAUAGAUGUGGAGCAAAGAGAGCUGACUCUCCGAAUGCAUGAUGAAAGCAUCACUUUGAACGUCUUUCCAGAAACACAGCACAUUGAUGAGAAGAAAAACUGCAUGAAAAUUAACAAAGAAGAUUUACAGUGGAAGGAAGGGAUCAACAAGACAAUCAUUGACUACCUUCCAAAACAAGACACAAGUAAGAAGGCAAAACAAAAAGAAAAAGAGACUAAGCAGAGUGAUGGGGGGAAUCAAGAAGAGAUUGAAGUUGAUCCAAGAAGAUGCAAUUGCGAGGGGAGGAAGGCUGCGGCGGUGAACUCCGAAUUGCGAGUGAAAGGGAAAUGCAGUAGUGGCAGUGCUGCGAAUCACAACAGGGAGGGCGCUGCGGUGGUUGGCAAGGCUACGAAACAUCCAAAAAUAUAUUCCAAAAUUUGUAAAACCUACAAAGUUACUAAAUAA